AAGAAUCAUGAAUUAAGCUGGCACGUUUAAAUGUUUGUUUACAGAUUUAUUAGUUCUUACUUUGAUUUUCAACUAUAGCUCUAGCUGAGAUCUGCUUCUGCUGCUCAUACUGUGAUCAGCCGCCCCUUCCCCCACAGCACUCUCUGAUCGCGCGCGCGCCCUUCCCCCACAGCACUGUCUCUGACUGACUCACUGCAGAUGAGAUGAAUGAAUGAACUAACAAAAGUCUUGUGAGCUCUAGUUUACAGCAGACCUGCACGUUUUGAAUAUUCUUAUUUGUAAUUCUCUUAAAAACUUUAUGAUGUGGUGUUAUUUUAUAAAAAUAAGUGCACACCGGGUACUUUUUGCUCUUUUAAACCAGUGCUUGUACGGACAUGCGCACUGGUUCGUAGUUUGAGGUGGGUGCUCGGUUAAAAAGUGAUCAUGUGCUCUGUCCACUAGAAAGACUAACUUCAUCACAUUUUUUUUUUUAAGUUUGAAGAAACAGUACUGUGGUUAAAACAAAUAUCAUUGCCACCAGAUAAUUUUCUAUUAGGCCAAAUAAAUGUAGUCACAAUUUCAACGUGAAAUCCAAAUACGUAACUACGUCAUUUACGCAAGUCAGCGACGGUGGUGUUUUCCCGGGAAAUGCAGACACGUGACGAUGGAACGCGCGAAACAGACGACAAACAACCCACCAGGAGGAAAGUCAUUUCAAGAAAGAAAGUCGCCAUGCUGGGAAAUAAAAGACGUAGGAAACCUCUGCAGGACGCUGAGCAUCAUCACAUUACCUGUAAAACUGACAAGCCUGGGCUUCGAGAGCAGUUCAUCAGCAAAUAUAAAGGGCGUGGAGUUUUCACCACUGGAGCUUUUUUCAGAGGUGAUUUUGUUCUUGAAUACAGAGGUGAACUUUUGAGUUCACAGGAGAGUCUGGACCGAACUGGACACUACACUGAAGCUGAGAACACGUUCCUGUUUGAUUUUCAGUGGCAUGGCAAAUAUUGGUGCAUGGAUGCAUCUAAAGAAGACUCGUCUUUGGGAAGACUUGCAAACGAUGAGACCAGAAAUCCUACUUGCAAAAUGAGAACCGUUAAAGUGAGCAGAAACCUCACCUGUGUCUGUUUGCUGUACGAGACAUUCUACCAGGAGAGGAAAUCACUUACAAUUAUGGAGACUCAGAUUGGCCAUGGCGAGUCAAGCCUUUGA